AAAACCGGGUUACGAAGCCCUAGCAGUCGUUGGCUAGUCUCCAAGCCAGAUAGGGAUCGAUGAGCUCUCUACUUCGAUCGGGCGGCCACCCCCGUCUCCUCUCCGCCGCCUCUUCCUUCCCGUUCCUCCGCCGCUUCUCCGCUGCGGCUCCAGCGGCCAAAGAUGACUGUGGAGACCUCGAGCCCGUCGACCAGCGGAGGCUUCCUGCGGACUACGACCCCGCCACCUUCGAUCCUUCGGCGCCGCAACGGAGCCCGCCGUCUGAUCGGGUUUGGAGGCUCGUCGACCAGGUCGCCGCGCUUUCCCUCGCCGAGGUCGCUGAGCUAUCCGUCAUACUCCGGGAUAAGAUGGGGAUGAAGGAGCCCCCGGCUAUCGGCAUCGCCAACGCCGGGGCUGGCGGGGCCGGCGGAUCGGCUGGGGGUGCGGCGGCGGAUGGGAAGGAGGAGGCUAAGAAGCAGGAGAAGACGGUGUUCGAGCUUAGGUUGGACUCUUACGAUGCUGCUUCCAAGAUCAAGGUGAUCAAGGAGGUCAGGGGAUUUACAGAUUUGGGGCUGAAGGAGGCGAAAGAAUUGGUGGAGAAGGCACCAGCGGUGAUUAAGAAGGGGCUCUCAAAGGAGGAAGCCGAGCAGAUCAUUGAGAAGAUGAAGGCCAUUGGUGCUAAGGUUGUCAUGGAAUGAUAAAGAAAGUGAGUUUCUCUCGCGCAUCAAUUGUGCAAUUCUUCAAUUCAUUAUGGAGAAGGAUAUAUGUGCAAAUUCGAUGCAAAGUUGGAAUUUUUAUCUCUUGAUAACAAAUUUGUUUCUGAUAGUCUCAGUUAUGGGAGUUUGAAGAAGAAAGAGAUGAUUUUUAAUAUAAACUAGGAACAUGGAAGCAUUGGGAGGUAUCUCCGAACCCUCUAAUUAUGCUUCUGUGUAGAUUCACAUUGUUUUGGGAGCACAAGUGGUCGUGCUUGAUGGAACACUAUGUAAGGGAAACUGACACUUUCAAUUUCACACUGAAGAUUAUGACAGUGAUGAUACUAGGCCAUCUUUUGCUUCAUUAAGCUGUAACAUUGAUUGCAAAAUAAAUUGGACAUAUGCCCCCCAACCAGUUUCUAGAUGUUGAAAAAUGCUUCAACUUAACCUCCAUAUUUGAAUAUGACUCAUGCAAAUCCAUAGUUCUGAAUAAAACAUUACAAGAAACAUCUAUAUGUUGAACAUGAAA